GGAUCGCCUCCGAGUCAAUCGGAGUACGGAGCAGAUACUACCUAUUUAGUAGCUAACACUCCGAGCAGACCGACGGACCCAGCAUGCGUUUCUCCAAUUCAUAACCCCCCUCUCCCUCAUUCCUCCCUCUCAACCACACUCCACACUCCACCACGCCCACAGCAUCCAUCAACAACAAUGACAUCGUCCCAACCCCCCGUCCGCAUCGGCACCCGCCGCUCCAACCUGGCCGUCGUCCAGGCCGAGGGAAUCCGCGCCAGCCUGCAGAAGCUCGCGCCAACACGGAGCUUCGAGAUCGAGACGCUACACACCCUCGGUGAUAAGGACAAGUCGACGGCGCUGUACAGCUUCGGCGCGAAGAGUCUCUGGACUGCUGAAUUAGAGGAGAAGCUCAACUCGGGCGAAUUGGACGUUAUCGUGCACUGUCUGAAGGACAUGCCCACAACUCUCCCCUCAACCUGCGCGCUUGCCGCCAUCCCCCUCCGCGACGACCCGCGCGACGCCCUAAUCGUCAAAUCCGGCCUGCCCUACACCAGUCUCGCGACUCUUCCUCAUGGGGCAGUCGUGGGGACGUCCUCCGUGCGCCGCUCCGCCCAGCUCCGUCGGCUAUACCCGCACCUCAAGUUCGCGAACCUCCGCGGGAACGUGGAGACGCGGCUCGCGAAGGUGGAUCACCCCGAGGGCGAGUACACGUGCAUGGUGAUGUCUGCGGCGGGGCUGGAGCGCAUUGGUCUGAAGGGACGGAUUACGCAGUACCUUGGUUCGAAGGAUGGGGGGAUUUUGCAUGCGGUGGGGCAGGGAGCGCUGGGGUUGGAGAUUCGGAAGGGGGAUACGGCGACGGAGCAGUUGUUGGAGGGGUUGGCGGAUGUGGGGUCGACUUUGGCGUGUUUAGCCGAGAGGGAGUUGAUGAGGACGUUGGAGGGCGGGUGCAGUGUGCCGAUUGGGGUGGAGACGGAGUGGGUGGAACAGGGGGUGUUGAGGGUGAGGGCUAUUGUGGUGAGUUUGGAUGGCGAGAGGGCGGUUGAGGAGACGGUCGAUGGGGAGGUUAGGGUGGUGGACGAGGCGGUUAGGCUGGGGAGAGAGGUCGCGGAGAAGUUGGUCAGGGGGGGCGCGGAUAGGAUUUUGGGGGAGAUUAAUGAGACGAGGCCGGCUAAGGAAUAG